AUGGCGCCAACCGUCAAGCCGAGCGCGUUCCUUGCGGACGUCGUGCCCAUGGCCCCAGAGGACCCUCUCUUCGGGCUUAUGGCGGCGUACCGCAAGGACAAGUUUGAGAAGAAGGUGGAUCUGGGUAUUGGAGCAUAUCGAGACAAUAACGCAAAACCCUGGGUGUUGCCGGUGGUGAAGAAGGCGGACGACAUCCUACAUGACGACCCGGACGUGAACCACGAGUACCUCCCUAUCGCUGGCCUCCAGGCGUUUACCAGUGCUUCCCAGAAGCUUGUUCUCGGUCCGGACAGUCCUGCAAUCAAAGAGAACCGGGUAUGCAGCCUCCAGACCAUCUCCGGCACCGGCGCCGUCCAUCUGGGCGCCCUCUUCCUUCGCAAAUUCUACAACAAGCAGAACAACCCGACCGUCUUCUUCUCCAGCCCAACAUGGGCGAAUCACAACCAGAUCUUCACCAACGUGAACCUGCCCAUCAAGACCUACCCCUACUUCUCGCCCACCACCAAGGGUCUUAACUUUGAGGGCAUGAUCGAGGCCAUUGAAUCCGCGCCCGAAGGUUCCAUAAUCCUGCUGCACGCCUGCGCACACAACCCCACCGGCGUGGACCCAACCCAAGACCAAUGGAAGAAGAUCGCCAGCGUGAUCCACUCCAAAAACCACUUCCCCUUCUUCGACUGCGCCUACCAAGGCUUCGCAUCGGGCGACCUCUCCAAAGACGCCUGGGCGAUCCGCUACUUCGUCGAGCAAGGCUUCGAGCUCUGCAUCGCGCAGUCCUACGCCAAGAACUUCGGCCUCUACGGCGAGCGCGCGGGCUGCUUCCACUUCGUCACGUCUCCUGCGUCUGAUGCCAGCCACGCCGCCGAGCGCAUCCGCAGCCAGCUGGCCAUCCUGCAGCGGUCUGAGAUCUCCAACCCGCCGGCCUACGGCGCACGCAUCGCGUCGAUAAUCCUGAACGACGAGCAGCUCUUCGCGGAGUGGGAGGACAAUCUGCGCACGAUGUCUGGCCGCAUCAUCGACAUGCGGAAGGCGCUGAGGGAGAAGCUCGAGGAGAUGGGCACCCCGGGGACGUGGAACCACAUCACGGACCAGAUCGGCAUGUUUAGCUUCACGGGGCUGAGUGAGAAACAGGUGCUGAAGAUUAGGGAGGAGAGCCAUGUGUAUAUGACGAAGAAUGGGCGCAUCAGCAUGGCGGGGCUGAACACGAAUAAUGUGGAUUACUUCGCCAAGGCUGUCGAUAAGGUUGUUAGGGAGAUGGAGUAG